AUGGAGGAGUCUCUCAGUGACACCGAGAACCUCAUCAGGCUGGUGCAAGGCAAACGCUGCCUGUAUGACACACAGGAUGCCAACUACAAAAAUAGGAGGAGCAGGCAGCAGGCCUGGGAGGAUAUUGGCAAAAGCAUCUGGCCAGAUUGGAGCAGUUUAACCAAGACAGUGAAACAGGGAAAAGUCAACACUAUCAAAGGCAAAUGGAAAAGCCUGAAAGACGCCUUUAUCCGCCAUCGCCGCAAACAAAAGGAGCAGAGGAGCGGAUCGUCCCCAGGCGCACGCUCCAGUUAUGUGCAUGCAGCCCAAAUGUCAUUUUUGAUACCGUGCACCGAAAUGCGGAGCACCGAUAGUAGCUGGGAACCCAGCCAGGCGCAAGCUGAUGAGGAAGAGGACGAGGGCACAAUCGACAGUGAGCCGGGCCCAUCUAUGGGGUCAAUGAGUCCUCCAGCCCCCCCCCCCCCACUCCGACUUUCUGGUCAAUUACCAAUUGCCAUGGAAAAUGGCAUCCGCAGCAGCAAGAGGUCACCGGUUCCCAUCACCACCGGUGGAGCCUCAAUUACCUCAGCCCCUGCAGCCGGAGAUCCUGAGUCCCCCUGCCCCGGCAGGAGUUCCGGCAACCUGAAACAUCAAGUGGCCGCAGCAAUAGCCAGCAUUACCAACUGGUCACCACCAGGGUCUUCUAAUAGAGGGCAGUGGAGUUCUGCAACCGCAGAGCAUCUUGCUUGCCAAGGGCAGGAGUGA